GUGUGUAUAUCACGUUUUCCUGGCAGAUUAAAUAAUUCAGCUGGCCAAAGCCUAACAGCCGUUGAUCCUGUCAUUAAGUUAGCGAGAAGAGAAGUUACAGGCCUGCUCAGCUUAACGCUGGCUAACAGGCUCCACAGCCGCCACUGCUUUCUCACGUCAGCCAGGAAGCGUUACUUAACGUCAGAUGACUUAUGUGACAACACUGAAAUAGUACCUCUACUCAACUCUGACAGGUUGAGGGAUGAGCCACUCCUCUGGGAUUGGCCACGAUGUGCAGGAGGAGACCGAUGGGACGGACAGUCCUGACUCUCCAGAGGUCUGCAAUUGGACAGCCGCUAAUGGCUCCGCCUCCCACAUGCAGAAAUGUCGGGAUGGAGUAGCUUGCCUGGAGAAAGACAAACAGGAAGGAACUCCUGAGACUCACGCACACCCACGCCACAGCAUGGACCCUGCGUACAGACAAAUACACACAAACUCAGCGCCUCACACCAACACGUACGCCUGCGAAGAUGGCCCCACACACACAGACGAAUACACACCUCACUCAGAAACCGUAACCAAAGACAGUCCAUACAUGGAAACUGCCAGCAUGCCACACACACAAGCAAGUGAUGGGUGGGGAGGAGUGGAGGAGGAGGAGGAGGAGGAGGUCAGAAGCCAGGAUGAUGAAAGAGAUGGUGAGGAAGUGGAAAACAGGGAGGAGAAUCAGCAGACAGCAGACUUUACUGUGCAGCCAGUAAAAGAGACCACGUCUGAAGACUCAACCACUUCACAAAUGCCACCUACAGAACCGGUCAACUGUAUCUCUUAUGAUGAUGGUCAUUUGUCUGCUUCCACGCCCCCUGACCAGGCCCCGCCUCUGGUCCCAGCUCCUCCCCCGAGCUCAGUCCCUCCUCCCCUGCUGCCAGCACCUGAUGAUUGGCCACGGCCGACUCACGUGAUGGCAGAGGUGCGGGUGCGUUCUGCUCCUGGACGAGAGCGGGUUGUGCGUGGUAUGCAGGACAGUAAGAGUCUGGACGGCAUCAGUGAAGCGUGCGGAAGUGGCAUGCGGGCGGCGGCAGGCGAGGGUCGCAGGGCCACUAUCUCCAGCGCCCUGGAACUGGAGGGAACAGUGAGCCGUGACGGAGAUCUCACCCACUUCAUUGCCAAGAACUUGGAGCAGAAAAUCAAAAUGAGUUCGCGCCCCAGCCUUGACACAGACUCGGACUGCUCAGGCCCAGUGGUGCGAGGUCGUGGUUCGUUGCGUCGACCAGCUGACAUCCCGCCCAUAGACCCCAGUGUGCUACUGGACCUACACAAACACACUCAGGAGGUUGCACAGAGCGUGGAGAUGAUGCUCCGCAGCCUCAAUGGAACCAUCCAGAAUAUGACAGCAUUGAGUGUGGGUUAUAUUCAGACAUACCGAGACUCUGUGGACAGUUUGGGGGAAUCGGUAGAUAUGAGCAUAAAGGGAAUGUACACACUGAUGGCACGUUGUGAGGAACUGGAUCGCUCCAUGCAGCCCAUCCAGACGCUCGCGGCUCAGAUCAGAGACAUCAAGCGCACAUUGGACACUCUGGAAGCCAUCUGCAAGUAAUAUACAUGAGCGUGACUACGCCAUGUAGCUCUAGGAGAUGCUCUGUAACGACUGCGCCCUCUGCUAAUUAUAAUGCGACCGAAUCACUCUGCUAACGAUCAUGUCUCCUAGAAACGCUCCGUGAGCGCUGCGCUCCUACCCUCUAUCGCCUCUCAGUGGUGAUGAUCCUUUUGUUGUGGCUCCACUUCGUUAGAAUGAUUGGAAAGAGCAAUGGACUCCAGUCUGUGAGCUCACACCGUCCAACAGAUUGAUGUCACGACCAUGAGAAGAGUCUCUGUCUCUGUCUCUCUGUCUCUCUCUCUCUCUGUCUCUCUCUCUCUCUCUCUGUCUCUCUCUCUUUCUCUACACAUGGUACUGGGAUUAUUUAUAGUGUGUGUCUGUGUUUUGAGAGACGAGUUGGUAAUGGCAUUGAAAUCCUUAAAUUAUGUCAGAUGUGUCACAUCUGUAUUUGUCACUAUGGAAACGUGUUCUAGAAGCCAUUCUCUGUUUGUAUUUUUCUCCCUCUGGGUGUUUGUGUGUCUACAGAUUGGAUGCUAUGUAUCCCCUGUUUCCACCAUGACCACUGAUCAAUUCUAACACGUGUGACCUAUUAAUCGUCCUGAGAGCUUUGGACCUUCUGUUGCCACGGUGAUGUUCAUGAGGGACAUUAUCAUAGAGGCUAUGCGUGCUGUCGUUUUGAAACAAACCCUGGGACUGAAGACGGGUGUGUGAGUAAAAUAAGAUGAAAAAUGGACAGGGAAUGAAGCGGAGUGCGGGACAGUCCCUGAUCGCCAGCCCUUGUCCGUCUCGUUCCGUGUCUGCUUCCAGUACGGCAAUUUAUUAAACUGUCUGGCAUAUGUGUAUGUUUUAAAGAAUGCAAUAUAACAAUAAAUUUACUAGAACGAUCUAGAAUUAUGCUUAUCAUAUUUAAGAUGAAACCUUUGGUAGCCUCAAGCAAAUACAUCAGCUCAGCUCUGAAAAGUAAAUAAUUGAUGCUUGAAACUAAAUGGGUAAACAGGAUUGGAGAAUAUAAAGCAAACAUUUAUUUGGAGAUAAAGUACAGUCUUUACUUUUUAAUAGGAAACUGUAGUGUGAAUGAUAUUCUUCUUCUAUAAUGCUUUAUAAGUUAGAGCUGUUUUUAUAAAUUGUACCUUUUUAGCACAUUGAUUUCAUUCCAGAAAUAUUGACAUCCAGAAUGGGGGAAAAUAAUUGGAAUUGGAAAUAAACAUAAUAUUAAAAAUG